AUGGCUGUGAUUUCUGAUGGAGCUGAAAGGCAGGCAAGUGCCUUUGAAAAGUCUGCCUUGUCGGUUGAACCAGUUCACAAGAACCACCAACAGUAUCCAUGCCUGGUAAAGACGUGCAUGCCUGUUGUGAGGAGUCUUUAGAACAAUCAUGACUUUGCCAGCUUUGAAGAAGAAACUAGUUCUUUCCUUAAAUUCUGUCUAUUCGCCCCUCCAGUAGGGGCAGAUUACCCUUUAUUGUCACACCAGGAUGAUGUGCCUUUAGUAGAUCCCUGCUCAGGCUGUGUGAGUCCAGGCACUGAUGCUGAACAAUAGCCUAAUGUUGGAAGAGCUAUUGAAUCCCUGGUAGACUACAGUUAUAUGAAAACUCACCAACAGUCCCGAGCUUUCUUGGAGGAAAUCAGCCAGGACAGAAGGCAGAACUCCAGGGCUGUGUCAACUGCUUCUCCCAGAGCAUAACUCAGAGGUAGAGCAAACUACUAUUUUUAUUUCUUAAUCAUCAAAAGAGUGGAGAAAAAAAAAGCAAGGUACUAUUUCUACAAGUCAAAUACUAAAACUUAUGAAGAAGUUCCUUGGGAGAAUUUGUUACCUUCCAAAAUCCAGCCUCUAGAAUCAACAGUGGAAAUGUUGGCUGAUCCUCUCCAGUGUUUCAUGAAAAGGAGGUACAAUCCUGAACCUGAAUUAAACCAAGUUGUUGGAUGCUUUUGGGACAGAUUUCAAACAAGAUCUUUUGCCUCUGCACAGAGAUCUGUCAAUUUCAAUGGCUGUGUUGGUGCAGUAAAUUUUGAAGGCAUUGACAAAGCCAGUGUAUACUUAAUCCUAUUUAACCAUGUGUGAACUUCAAGCUUCACUACACAAGCACUAUCUCCGAAUAUCCCUGGAUACACUGGCAAGGUUCAUUGGUCAGCAACUCACCCGGCAAAUUCUAAUCUUCCAUCAACAACCCCAUCAGUAAUUGCACAAAUGCAUGGAUACAUAGCCAAACAUGGAAGCUUGUCUCAGUAUAAGCACCAAGGACCUUUGUCUCCACUGGUGUCUCCAGCUGGUCCUCAGAAUUCUUCCAACAAGACAGAACAAGAAACUAUUACAGUUUAG